CGACGUUGCCCCUGAAGAUCGACUGACGUCGUUGUCGAUUGUCUUCCGCAGUAACCGUUUCUUGUUCAUAUUCUGGGUCCACAAAAGGUCCACUUCUAUUGUUGCCACCCGCCGGAGAUCCACCACUAUUGCUAUCCACAAUGACAACAGCCGACGGAUAUGCUACCCCACGGGUAAGCCGGUUGUCGAGCCUGGACGCAUCCCAGGCCGACCUCUACGGCGGUCCCAGUGUGGUCGUCCCUCCUAAACACUUGAUGGCUUCUACCAUGUCUCAUGAAACAGCCAUGGAAUUGGAAGCCGCCAAACAACAUUUCGACGAAGAGGUUUCCUCCGAAGAAGGUUCCCCUCGAGUUGCUCCCCCUGUGACUAAGAAGGCCCUCACCACUGCCGACGACUUUGCUCUGGCCUUUGAUAUUGACGGAGUCCUUAUCAGAGGUGGGAAGGCUAUCCCUGAAGCUGCCAGUGCACUCAGGUACAUCAAUGGAGAGAACCCUUAUGGUAUCAAAGUACCUUACAUUUUUGUUACAAACGGUGGAGGCAAGACGGAGGAAGAACGAUGCCUUGAUCUCAGUCGACAGCUCGAGCUCGAAGUCUCCCCCGGCCAAUUCAUCUGUGGCCAUACCCCGAUGCGCGAAAUGGCCGAGCGGUACCACACGGUUCUUGUCGUCGGUGGUGAGGGUGAGAAAUGCCGUAUUGUAGCUGAAGGCUACGGCUUCAAGGAUGUCAUCACCCCCGGAGACAUCAUCAAGACUAGACAAGACACUACACCGUUCCGGAAAUUGACCGACGAGGAAUACAAGAACUCCCGAGUCCGGGACUUUUCGCAAACGAAGAUCGAGGCGAUCUUUGUCUUUGCGGAUAGUCGGGACUGGGCCGGUGACCAACAGAUUAUUCUCGAUGUCCUGAUGUCCAAGAAUGGACACCUAGACACCCGAUCCGACUCCUUUGACGAGGGCCCGCCUGUGUUCUUCUCCCACAACGACGUGGUUUGGUCCACCUCCCACGAACAUUCCCGAAUCGGCAUGGGUGCACUCAGAGCGUCGCUAGAGGCGCUGUACAAAGCCGUCACUGGCAAAGAGCUCAACACGAUCGCCUUUGGCAAGCCCCAACUCGGCACAUACCAGUUCGCUACGCGGUUGUUGCGACAAUGGCGCAAGAACACUCAUGCCAUCAACAAACCUCCCAGCACUGUGUACUUUGUGGGCGAUACCCCCGAGUCAGACAUCAGGGGCACAAACGAGUUCAACAAGACCAGUGACGCUGACUGGUUCUCCAUCCUGGUCAAGACCGGUGUGUACCAAGAGGGCACUAUCCCCCGUUAUCCACCCAAGAAGACCUGCAAUCAUAUCCUGGACGCGGUCAAAUUCGCCAUUGACCGCGAAAUGGCCAAAGAGAAGAAAGAGGGGUCGACUGUCGUUGACGACGUUGACUCGGAACUUGAGCUAGAAGCGGGCCUUCUGCCCAACUGAGUUCUUUGCUACUGAUGGUAGCUGGAUGAUACAAGUGUGAUGCAUGUAGAUUCCUAUCAUUCUUGUUUAUUACUUUGUUAUGGAUACCUCUAUGCUAUGAAUGUAUGACAGAUAUGUAUGUCUCUUGGCGUUGUGUUUACUACAUUCAUCUUCUAUACUAUUAUUAUUGUUAGCAAUUAGCAAUUUCAUCAAGGCUG